AGCUUCCCCAGAGCCAUGGUUGGUCCAGGCCAGCAAGCGCAGCACCUCCUGGAGUGGCUGCUAAUUGGGGGUGGGGUGAGGUGGGGUGGGGGGGGUCUGUUUGUAGUACUCCGGUCCUGAUGUCACAGGCGCUGCAAGGACAUAGCAAGGAGGAGUCGGAUUACAGUAAGGAUGGGCAGUGCAGUGAGCAGACCGAGCGCACGCUCCAGCAGCCGGGGAUCAUAGCCCUGGAAGGGCAGCCUGCGGGGUGCUCAUCCCAGGAGCAGGCUUGCUCGGCGCCCCUGCUCUCCCCGUUGGAGACGUUUCCACCGCAUGUAGCAUGAAACGGCUCUGCUCAGUGUGUCUGCCUGGGCUGCGAGCUGAGGCUGAAGACGCCACCGCGGUGGAGUUCCAGCUGUCUGCUUAAUGAGAAACAUAAUGUAUUUUGGUGGUACAUGCCAGAGUCCUGCUCUCCCAGCCCUGGUCCGUCCACCAGGCCCUCCUUUGCAACCGUCGCUGGAUAUUAAACCAUUCCUUCCCUUUCCUCUGGACACUGCAGCUGCAGUCAACCUCUUCCCUAAUUUUAAUGCGAUGGACCCGAUUCAGAAAGCUGUAAUAAAUCAUACAUUUGGGGUUCCUCUUCCUCAUCGAAGAAAGCAAAUCAUAUCAUGCAACAUUUGCCAGUUGAGAUUUAAUUCUGAUAGCCAGGCUGCGGCCCACUACAAAGGCACGAAACAUGCCAAGAAGCUCAAAGCACUGGAAGCCAUGAAAAAUAAGCAGAAAUCUGUAACUGCCAAGGACAGCGCAAAGACUGCCUUCACCUCCAUCACUACCAAUACCAUCAAUACCAGCUCUGACAAAACAGACAGUACCACGGGGACACCAGCAAUAUCAACGACGACAAGUGUGGAAAUCCACAAAAGCAGUGUUAUGACAACUGAGAUCACCUCUAAAGUGGAAAAAAGCCCCACGACAGCCACUGGCAAUAGCUCGUGUUCCUCCACAGAGACAGAAGAAGAAAAGGCAAAGCGGCUUCUUUACUGUUCUCUAUGCAAGGUUGCCGUCAACUCUGCCUCACAGCUGGAGGCGCACAACAGUGGUACUAAGCACAAAACAAUGUUAGAAGCACGAAAUGGAAGUGGGACUAUCAAAGCUUUUCCUCGGGCAGGAGUAAAAGGCAAAGGACCUGUCAACAAGGGAAACACGGGCCUGCAGAACAAAACAUUUCACUGUGAAAUCUGUGAUGUGCAUGUGAACUCGGAAACACAACUUAAACAGCACAUUAGCAGCAGAAGGCACAAAGACAGAGCUGCUGGGAAACCCCCCAAACCUAAAUACAGUCCCUACAACAAACUACAGAAAGCAGCGCAUCCACUGGGGGUAAAACUAGUAUUUUCAAAAGAACCUUCAAAGCCAUUGGCUCCCAGAAUUCUUCCAAACCCAUUGGCAGCUGCAGCUGCAGCUGCUGCUGUGGCUGUGAAUUCUCCCUUCAGUCUCCGAACUGCCCCCGCAGCAACCCUGUUCCAGACCUCUGCACUUCCGCCAGCACUCCUGCGGCCAGCCCCUGGACCCAUUCGGACGGCCCACACUCCUGUGCUCUUUGCUCCCUACUGAAUUCCAAACAGGAGUUAUUGUACUGCAAUAAUUUUUCAAAACACA